AUGGAAGUAGAGAGUCUCGGUGGUAGCAGAUAUUUCGUGACGUUUAUUGAUGAUGCUUCACGAAAAUUGUGGGUAUAUUUCUUGAGAACAAAGGACGAAGUUUUCAAGUACUUCAAAAGGUUUCAUGCUAUGGUGGAGAGACAGACCGGUAAACCUUUGAAGUGUCUUCGCUCAGAUAAUGGAGGGGAGUACUCUUCUCAUGAAUUCAAGAAUUAUUGUGCUGAUCAUGGAAUCAGGCAUGAGAAGACUGUACCUGGAACCCCACAACAUAAUUGUGUGGCUGAAAGAAUCAAUAGAACCAUUAUGGAGAAAGUGAGGUCGCCGCCGUUGAUGGAAAGCUCCGCCGUACAGCUUGACCGCCGGAGACUGGGGUUUUGGGGAGGAUGGAGGCUUGGAGAGAGGUGCGGAGGAGCUCGCCGGUGA